AUGUCAAACACAUCAAGGGUUCAAGUCACUAUUACCCUAGGACGCGAUGCGCAGGUGGUGAAACGAUCAGGCUCUACGGUGGAUAGUUCUUUUGCUGAUUCCCAGCCAGCAGUUGGAAGCAAACGAUCCGUUAGAGAUAGGCUGGGAAGUAAUGUAGAUUUAUCUCUCCAAGUCAACAAGCGAAUGAGGGGAAAUGGAAGUUUGCUAAUGGUGUGGAUGUUACUCAGGAGCACGUCUAAGCAAAAGGAUACAGGAUUGCGGUAUCCAGAACUAAGGUAUAGUAGACAGCAUUUCCAGGAACGAAAUGAUGGUAGGCAGCUAACCUCUGUAACCAUAGAUUCUAGACUGCACCGACCUGAAGCCAGGGAUCAGUACAUGCCUGACCCAAGGGAACCCCGUGCGGCUGAAACCAGGGAAUCUAAACACGGCAUCCGUGAUGCCAGAUGUCAAAUCCUUGAGCCAAGAAGUUCAAGCAUUAAUGUACAUAUGCCUACGAGGACUGCGAAUGAUGUGCCCAAAGUGGACUCAGUGAUAAAUUCUUAUUCUCCCUGGACUAUGGACCGUUUAAGGGGAAGGUCGCCGGGUGAAUUUUUGGUGAGUUCCCAAGGUCUCUCACCACCCACUAGAGAUGAAGAAUUACGGAGAAGGCUUCCAGUUAGGACAUAUGAUGAUGUUGGAAUGAGGACAUAUAAGAGCAAAGAUUUUUUUAACUUUUCAAGCUCUGAUAAUUUUUCACCUUUAAUGAUGAAAGUGGUUCCGUCUGCUGGACCUUCAAAGACCUUGACACGAUUGGUUGCCCCACAUACUCUGCCUGGCAGUGAUUUACCGAGGAGUUCAUAUGCACUACAGACUACUUAA